UCUCACAGCUGCUGAAUGCAGCAUCUCGCCAGACACAGUUUUUCAUGGGGUUGCUUUGGCUUCUUUCAUUUCUACAUUCUUCUCUUUUUGGAGAUGAGGUUUUGGAAGAACUCAGGAUGUCUGGGUCAACAUCUUCUUACGACCACCUUGUAAAGCAAGUCGAGGCACUGAGGAAGGAGAACUCCCACCUUCGGAGAGAGUUGGAGGACAACUCCAGCCAUCUAUCAAAGCUGGAGACGGAGACUUCAGACAUGAAGGAAAUGCUGAAGCAGCUUCAGACCAGGCUGGAGCAAGAGGCUAGCAACUUGGUGUCUACUGGGAGAACUGAAAUUCUGGACCAGCUGAAAGAGCUGAACACCGAUAUUGACAAUCUGUGUGACGUAAAGUGGCAAUCAAACAUGGUGUGCUCAGGACAAAGCACACUUGCAUCGGAACAAACAGCUGAAAGGAGCCUGGUGCAUCCUAGAGCACCACAGGUCCAAGAUAACUUACCAGCAGCACUUGGAAAGAUGCAGCAUCUGGCAGAACUUAAUGAAGAAAGGGCUCUGCUUCUUUCUGAGAUUGAAAAGGAAGAGACAGAGAAAGCCUUUUAUUGCGCUCAGAUCCAGAAUCUUGGCAAGCGAGCAGAUGAACUGUCACAAAUCAGAAGUGUUUCAAAGCACAUGGAUUUAAUUCGCCAACAGCUACAGUAUGAAGCCCAUCAGAUCAAAGCCAUCAUUGAGGAGAGAUACGGUGCAGGUGACAACACAACUGAACGACUCCAGCUGCGAAUGAACCGGAUUCAAGAGAUUGAAAAGGAGAUUCUUCAGUCCCAGCAGAAAGUGCAGGAGACCGAGACUGAGGGACGUGGAAAGUCAAAUGAUCAGGACACAGAAAGCACAAUGAAUAAUUUACCUCAAGGACUAAACAACUUGGGCAGUAAGGUGGAGAUGGUGUUCUGGCUCCUCUCCAUGCUGGCGACCCGCGACAAGGAUGACAUGUCCAGGACCCUGCUCGCCAUGUCCAGCUCCCAGGACAGCUGCGUCGCCAUGCGCAAGUCCGGCUGCCUGCCCCUGCUCAUCCAGCUCCUGCACGACAGCGAGAGAGACGCGGGGCCGGCCCGGAAUUCCAGCAGCAACAAGGAGGCUCGAGCCCGGGCCAGCGCUGCGCUCCAUAACAUCGUGUACUCCCAACCCGACGAGGGGCAGGCCAAGAGAGAAAUGCGAGUUCUACACGUGCUGGAGCAGGUGCGCUUGUACUGCGAAACGUGCUGGGAAUGGCUGGACUCCAACAGACUAGACAACAGCUCGGAAUCUAACAACUUGCCAUUGCCUAUAGAACCCCAGAUCUGCCAGGCAAUGUGUGCAAUAAUGAAGCUGUCCUUCGAUGAAGAGUACCGACGUGCUAUGAAUGAGCUUGGAGGACUGCAGGCAGUUGCCGAAUUGCUUCAAGUUGAUUGCGACAUGUACGGGGCAACCAGUGACCCUUUGAAUUCAGCCCUACGUCGGUACGCAGGGAUGGCCCUGACCAACCUCACCUUUGGAGAUGUCGUCAAUAAGGCGACAUUAUGCUCUAGAAAAGGCUGCAUGCAAAGUAUCGUGGCCCAGUUAGAGUCAGAAAGUGAAGACAUACAUCAGGUUGUGGCAAGUAUUCUGAGGAACCUUUCAUGGAGAGCAGAUGUCAACAGCAAGAGGAUCCUACGGGAAGUUGCGAGCGUUAGCGCACUGAUGCGGUGCGCCCUCAAAGCCAAAAAGGAAUCAACUCUCAAGAGCCUGCUGAGUGCCCUCUGGAACCUGUCAGCUCACAGCACUGAGAACAAAGUCGCAAUCUGUUCCGUUGAAGGGGCACUGAUUUUCCUCGUGGGUACUCUGACCUAUAAAUGUCAGAGCAAUUCACUUGCCAUUAUUGAGAGUGGUGGGGGUAUUCUACGGAAUAUUUCCAGUCUCAUUGCAACAAAUGAAGAGUACAGGCAAAUUCUCCGUGACUACAACUGCCUGCAGACCCUCCUACAACAUCUGAAGUCUCACAGUUUGACCAUUGUCAGCAAUGCUUGUGGGACCCUGUGGAACCUUUCAGCUCGAAAUUCAAAGGACCAGGAACUGCUGUGGGACCUGGGGGCUGUCAGCAUGCUGAGGAACCUGAUCCAUUCCAAACACAAGAUGAUAGCGAUGGGAAGUGCGGCUGCCCUGAGGAACCUGUUGACUAACCGCCCAGCAAAGUACAAGGAUACUACCAUGAUAUCCCCGGGCUCUUGCAUGCCCUCUUUGUACAUGAGGAAGCAGAAAGCACUGGAGGCCGAGCUCAAUGCCAAACAUUUAACAGAGACUUUCGACAGCAUUGAGAAACUUAGCCCAAAGCAUUCCAACAUCAACAAGCCACUUAGGCACAUUGAAAGUCUGGCCAAGGACUAUGCUUCUGACUCUGGAUGCUUUGAUGAUGAUGAGGGUCCCAAUAUACCAACUGGAUUAGAAACCGGAGGGCUGUCCAUGUUGUCCAUGUAUCUGAACUCCUCCUUCCUUCAAGGGCAAGCCGUGUCCCGGUGCCGUAGUACUGGAAGAUGCUCAGAGUCAGAAAGGGAUCUUGACGGGAAACAAAUGGAUGCUCAGAAAUUCAAUCCUGCCACUGACAACGUGUCGAUCGCUGCGGAGAGACUGGUCAACCAAAUAUCCACCACGGUGGCCAGAAUUGACAAAAUAGUGGAAGAUAUGUCGAACAUGCACACCUCCUCAGAGGACAGCUUUAGCCUUAGCUCAGAGGAUCAGUGCCUCGACUGGCAGUCUGCCUUAGAUGACCUGAAUGAACCCAGGACAAAGUCUUCAUCACCCCGUCACCUUGCAGACACUGUGAACUUAGGGAGACGGGAUACUCGUGGGAAAAUGCAAGGCAUCUUGGGUGCUAGGACAGACUACGCCAACUUGUCAAGUGAUAGUCUGGAGUGUUCUAAUAGCACUGGUGAAUGUGACACAAAAAGUCAAAUGAACUCAUUGAAGGAACCCUCAAGUACAGAGCAGAAGGAAGAACUUCCUAUGUAUCAGAAAAGACCAACUAAUCUGGACCUAAAGAAUGGAGAGAGCCAUCAGAUGGAUAGAAAAGAUUCUGAUGGACAGCCAAGUUCCAGAGAAUCCAAUACCUCAUGGAAUGAUGUCUGGGGGCUAAGAAAAGCAGAUGAGAUAAGCAAGAAACAAUUUUCACCCCUUUAUGAAAGGACCCACAUGCCUUCGGUCACAACAAGAAGCAGUCCUAGCCCAAGCCCAGGAAAUUCCCUGACUCCUCAGAGUUCAUCGAGCAGGAAACAGGCAUGGGUGCAUCCCGGACUUUCCCAGAGUACUAGAGAUUUGAGUCAAGGCCUCUCCAGCACAUCUGCUUGUACACCAGUCUCCAAUGACCAGGAAACCUUACAAACUUACUGUGUGGAAGAUACCCCAAUUUGCUUUUCACGUUGCAGUUCAUUGUCAUCCCUAUCGUCUGCUGAAAAUGCUCUGGAUGUACAAAUUGGUAGUGAAAAUGAUGUUGACAGUGAUUCUUCCCUGGAAAUAAUUGGCAUAGAGAAAGAAUCACCACUGACGGCCGAAAAGCCUAUAAGUGAUGAGUCUCUUGCCACAGAAGAGAUGCAACUCAAGUCCAGUGAUCAUUCCUUUAGCAUUGCAUCCCAGCCUAUUGAAAUACCUUGUCCAAAGCAUGAAAAGUUUUUGAUAAGGAAAAGAGCCGCCUCCAGAAAUAUGGAUUCCAGCCCUUCGAGUCCGUCAGACAAUUAUUUGCAAGAAACCCCACUGGUUUUAAGCCGGUGUAGUUCAGUUAGUUCACUUGGAAGCUUUGAAAGUCCAUCAAUAGUCAGUUCCAUUCAAAGUGACCCCUGCAGUGAAAUGGUAAGUGGUACAAUCAGUCCUAGUGAUUUACCCGACAGCCCCGGGCAAACCAUGCCUCCGAGUAGAAGUAAAACGCCAUUGCUGGACCAAUUGGAAAAAGAUGCCAGCCAAGCCAAUAACCAAUGGGACAGUGAGAUGAAGAAGCACAUGGAUAUCAAUGAAUUCAAGGAGCGUUUCCAACUUCCUCCAGAUAUUGACACAAUGUUGUAUUUCACGCUGGAGAAACCGAAUGAAAACUUCUCGUGUGCGUCAAGCCUAAGUGCGCUCACCCUUCAUGAGCCCUAUAUACAGAAAGAUAUUGAACUAAAGUUGAUGCCUCUUCUCCAAGAAAAGAGCUGUUUCAACUGUCUGGCACAAGAAAAGAGGGAAGACAUCAGGGAGGAACGGAGCGCUGAUGGAAUGGAGAAGGCCGACAAGUUGGAUAGCAUCUUGGAGAACUCUGAUGACGACAUUGAAAUCCUGAAAGAAUGUAUAAACUCUGCGAUGCCAACCAAGUUUAGAAAAGUGAAGACCUCACUCAUUUCCGGCUUGUCCACUCAAGUCUUGCAAUCGAAGAAGUCACUUCAGCUGCCCGUUUACAUGCUAUUGCCAGCCCAUCCUCAGCUAGAUCCAGCUGGGCACAGUACCUCCAAAAGUGACACCCUCAGAGAAGAUUCCUCAUACUCAGAUUCUGUUGAAGGUACGCCGGUCAACUUUUCCAGUUCUGCCUCCCUCAGUGACGAGACACUGGAGUAUCCUCAAAGGGAGUCACCCACCGUGGCAAAAGUUCAACCUAAAAUAACUGAGAGAAGAGAACUGAUUCCUGCAGAAGGACACAACACUGAUGACCUAGAAGUACCAAUAUCGAUCAGAAUGCAUGAUAAAAGCCUUGAACAAGGGAAUAAAUAUAACUUAAAUAGAAAUGAAGUGUGUCCCCAUUCCAGCUCAAUCCCAAGAGCUCAAUCGCAUUUUAAUGUCAAUCAAAGGGAGGUUCCCAAAAGAAAUCAGAACUCUCUACCUCUGCAACAGUGUCAAAGCCACAAUGUUCCUGGAUUCCAGUCAGGAUUCACUGCAAAGGUCUUAAGGAAGGAACAAAGUACACCAAGGCACGUGGUGAAAUUGGAUAAAAAGGAAGACAAUUGUAAGAGUGCAGAUGAUGAUGAGCAAAGAAUGGACAUUUCUGGUGGAGAAUACAUUCAUGGAAACUAUGCCUUUCAGUCCAUGCGCCACACUACACCUACUGAAGAGGCUGUUUAUUGCUUUUAUGAAAAUGAAUCUUUAGAUAGGUUAAGUGUCACAAAACAGAAAAACGGGCUGAAAAAUGAGUAUGAGGAAAAUGUCAUCAACCAAAACUUAGAAACAAAAAAUGAACCAAACCACAACUAUAAGACAACUACAAAGUUCAAAAAUGCUGGUGUAAUCAGUAAGAAUGAGCGGGCGCUAAUUACAGAUGAAAGUCCACUUUGCUUCUCCUUUAGUUCCUCGCUGAGCUCCCUGAGUGACAUGGAGUUGGAGGACUUUCAAACGAAGACUCGCAAGUCGUUUGUAAAAUCAAGGAAAAAGUCUCAAAAUUCCACUUCCAAGUCUUUCAGCCAUGGAUACUCAUCCAUGCCGACAACAAGGGAUAGCUCCCCAAGCUCACUGAGUUAUGAUUCUGAAGAUGAUCUCCUGCAGAAAUGCAUCAGCUCAGCAAUGCCAAAGAAGAGGAAGCAUUCUUCAAAGAAAUCUGAGAAGUCUGCAAAGCAAAGCCAAAAGGGUAAUGCACAAACCCACACUGGUGUGAAUGUUGCCUGGGAUUCGCAGCAGAGGAACGAUACAAGCCGAGACCUUUGCAGCUCGUUGUCAGAUCUGACGUCUCCUGACCUGGAAAGUAUCGAGUGGGAAGCUAUUCAAGAAGGUGCCAAUUCCAUAGUCACUAGUUUGCAUCAGGCGGCAGCCUGUCUUUCAAGGGAACCUUCCUCAGAAUCGGAUUCUAUUCUAUCGUUUGUGUCAGGGUUGUCCAUUGGGUCAACACUCCACUUUACGCUCGAGAGGAAGGACAAGAAAAGGACACAGAAAGAGCAAACCCAUGACUUAGAGGGUGCCGAGCGUGCUGCUAAGGAAGGGAAGAAAGUAAAUGAUCACAAAGCAACUGCAGGUAAAUCCUCCAACACUAACAGAGGUUCAAACAUACCUAAGCAACCAUCCCGGGCAGUAAGCUUACCUGUGAUCUUCAGAGGAAGGACCGUGAUUUACAUGCCUGAUAUGUUGAAAAAGUCCAAUAAUGCCAGCCUUUCUUCAAAGAAAGCAAUACCUAAGAACAACACCCCUAGCAAAAAUCCUAACCAGACUUUUAGGUCUCGAAGCUUGCAUAGACCUGGACAAACAACAGAGAAAGCUGACACAACCCUACUAAAACGAAGUGUAACUCCACCUGCAAGAAUACCAAGGGGUCCUUCGAGGGGAUCAUCAAGGAAUUCAACACCAUCCAGGCAGCCCCAGAGGAAUUUAACAACAUCGGUACAGUCCAAUAAGCAAGGAGCAAAUGUAACAAAAACCAGCAUCAAUAAAAUUGACCAGAAACCGAGACCUCAAGUCACUUCCUUGCCUUCCACUCCAAAUAUUAGAUCUCCAUCAUCAGGGAAAGUCACUCGAAGGUCACCAGUCCAAACAUCAAACAGUCAGGUACCAUGUAAGCAAAUAACUCCAGUGAAAAAACUGCCGACCUUUCAAAGGAAUGAUACUGCCACGCCAAAUAAGAACCAAGAUUCGAAGAAGGUCAUGCCUCCAAACAGGCUGGACCUGGUGAGGAUGUCCUCAGCAAAGUCAAGUGGCAGUGAAUCAGAUAAGUCUAACUUUGUGCGCCAGCUGACAUUCAUCAAGGAGUCCCCCGGCCUUCUCAAGAGGCAGAAGUCUGAAGCUUCUUCAUCUGAGUCGGUCUCAUCAUUGUCUCAGUCUGCAUCACCAAGGAGAAGCAAAUCAGAUUUUCAGGCAGCUGUCUUGCGUUCUACACAGUGCCAGGGCCUAAAGGUUGCCAAACCAGUCUCUAACAUUAAUGUGAACGAAUACAAGGUCGUAUGCAAAGAAUCAGCACUCCGGAAUGAGAAGCUGUUGAGGAGACCAAGCUCAGAAAGCCCCUCGAGGCUCCCUGUGAAAAACAGCGUGGCCUGGAAGAAUGAGCACUUUAAACGAUAUUCAUCUUCCCCUCACAUCAACGUGUUACAGCGGGCAGCAAGUCCAUCUUCCAUUCGCUCAGCGUCAUCAGAAUCCAGUGACAAGACCAGGAGCGAAGAGGAACCGCGAAGAGCUGGGAGACUUGCCAAACAAAAUGAACAACAGCUGAGAAAUAAUCAGCCCAGCUUAAAGGGAACAUGGCGAAGAAUCAAAGAUGAAGACAUUCCAUAUUUUCUCAGCAACUCUCUCCCACCUUCUGCAAUGGCACUGGUAAAUAAAUCAGAAUCUGAGCAACUGCCAGGCAAAAUGGGAGCCAUGGAAACGAGAACCAGUGAUGCUUUCGUGCAGACUGAAGAUUUUCCAAUUACAAAAACAAAUUCAAGCACAUCACCCACAUUGGACCUUGUCCCUCACCUUCAACAAGCUAUUCCCAGGAAUACCAGGAGCAGGCCAUUUAUUGGGAAAAGCUUAGAGACUAUAUAUGGCAUCCACUCAGCCGAACAGGAACCUGAUGCAGUGUUACUUAUGAGGAACAAUAUAACCACAUCCUCUGAGACUGAGAGCCACACUACAGCCCCAAGUCAUAUGCAUUUCAAUUCUAGUCGACAUGGUUCUCCAAGUAGAGCCGCUCGAGUGACUCCUUUCAAUUAUAUACCCAGCCCCAAGACAAUAAAAUCAGACAGUGGAUCUCUCCAGCCACCUCAGAUUCGAGCACCUAUUAUUAAUGAGAAAACAGUGGCUAAGGUGCAAAGCUGA